CAGCAAAGGCCUCGUUCCCAGAUACAUAGCAAGGCAUUAAGCAUCCGUGGGCUGUGCGCUUCUUCAUCUUCCUCCAGUUCACCUCGUCGACUCACCACGGUCCAAUUCACCAACAAGACCUGUUAGUUGGAGCUCUUCUCGUCUGAGGCUGGCUCGUGUCAGUUUCAGUGUGCUCAAAUCACCAUCUUAAUUUGUCCAAUUUGGCCCUCCGCCGGGUCCUCCUCCCGCUACUACUACUCCUCCUCCUCCUCCUCCUCUUCGACACUUCCCUCCCAUUUCCUAUUUUGGCACCACAUCAGUGCGCCUCUCUUUGCCCGGCCUCUCUCCCCCGAAGCUCCAAGAUAUACAAAAGGACUGGUCAUCCCACCCUGCAUCUGUCUCCAUCAUCACCGACCAUCGACCAUCCCAUUCGAGCUGUUUGUUGAUUCACGGCUGGGACCACUUGACCACAUCAGCAUCUCUUUUUAUUUGCUUCUACUUCUCUACGCCUGUCUGUCGUUGACGAGCAUACAAAAGCAACCGUAUCAAUUUUCCCUUCGACCCUGCCGCUGAAACCACAGCUUCUUCAAGCAAACAAAACAGGAGCACCGCUCUCGACGUGCCACUUACGCAACCCGACUUACCCGGCCUGGACCGCAUUAGUCCUUUAACCCGCCGUGCGGCUUCAUCUUUCGAGCCCGCCUCAUUCUUAUUUUACCAACAGGAUCGAGUACCAACGUGUCUCGUCCGCAACGGUCGUGUCUAGCAGACUUUCAUUUCCAAUAGGCCAUCACAAGAUGUCUAUGCUCGCCAUGGCUGCUCCGUCCCCUCACUCGGCAUUUAAGCAGUACCCCUGGGAUGGCGGCAGAUCUACCUCGGACUACUCUUCGCGCCCUCGUACAGAGCCUGAGAGAAUCGCCCUUCCAUCGAUUCGCCAGGCCAUCCCGGAACUUCAUCUUCGCCUGCAGCCCCAAGAGGCCUCAACCACUAGGACCACUUCCUCCAAUACGUCACCAACAGUCGGCUAUGCCAGUGUCAUGACGCCGCCCGAGUAUGUUCACUCGCCAAACUCGAACAAGAGGAGGAGGCUCUCGAUCGACGAGGAGCAGGAGAGCGAGAGAGUCAGCCGCGUGCCGAGACUGUACGAGAGCCCGGCACGGGUUCCCCAACGGCAUAUUUCUCCACCAGCCCCGUCCCGCUCUGCCACCGAGAGCUGGACCGGAUCUGCGAGAACGAGCCCGUACAUGUCUUCAUCAGGCAUGCCAUCCAUGAGGUCCCCGGCCAUGGAGAUCCAUGAGCGACCCGAGAUCCGCCCAACACUCCCCAGUCUCCCGCCCAUGAACUUCGAAAGAGAUCCCAUUCCCAUGCAACGCGCCCGCGGUCACUCCCAAGACGAGUUCCAGCCUAUCCGUCCUUCUAUUGGCAUGUCGGCAGGACCCAUGAUGGAGUCAGCACCUUACCGCACCAGUGGCUAUGCAUACGGAUACCACCACCCCAGCCGGGUCCAGUCUCUAUCCCUGGGCGCCAUCCACCCCUUUGACCGCACUCCUUUCUCGGCUGCUGGCUACGGCCACUACCCUGAGUUCAUGCGCAUCGGAGAGCUCGGCGCCAUGGGGAUGCAUGGCGACAGCAAGCAGCGCAAGCGCCGCGGCAACUUGCCCAAGGAGACAACCGACAAGCUGCGUGCGUGGUUCGUCGCUCACCUCCACCAUCCGUAUCCCACCGAAGACGAGAAGCAGGAGCUUAUGCGUCAGACCGGUCUGCAGAUGAACCAGAUCUCCAACUGGUUUAUCAACGCGCGGCGCCGGCAGCUGCCCACAAUGAUUAGCAACGCCCGUGCCGAGUCCGACGCCAUGUCCAGCCGCAGCGGUGAGAGCAAGAUCCUCCCGUCGACAGAGCGUGGCGAGUACGACGACGGAAAGCGCUCCAGUGUACCCCUCAGCGACGGCGAGGCCUUUGACGAGGACCUCGAUAGUCUGAAGCACCGGCGCUCGGCGCACAUCAAGAGGGGAAGCGUCUAGAGAGCAAAGGGGGGGAGAGACUGGACGAGAGCGCGGAAUCAAAGAAGUGACCCCGCCGCUUCAUCCACCCAUCAAAGACAAAGGAAAACAAACCACAAGCCAACUCAAACAAACAAAGCCCGAAACGAGAUGCCUUUAUAAUUAUACCAGACACACAUUACGCAUGUUUCAUUACUUUAACGACGCAAAUUACGAUCGCGAAACCCAUCACACGUCACAAAAAUCGGUUGGGUACCAGAGGCUGAAAUCUUCUAAUAUCUUCUCCCACGAGCUCUUUUCUGUAUAAAAAAAAACAAUGUCACAGGGUAACGGACUGGACAGGAGCAUCCUCCGAGCCCAUCAUUUUCUAUGUCGAUCUUUGUAUCUAUGGGGGAUAAUGUCUGUAUGUAUCUUUAAACACGAGGAAAACGGUCUACUCGGUGGGGUUCCUUGCGUAUGCUCAAGGCGGGAGAAGGCUUCCACUCACUCACAACGGAACUUGGAAAUAGGAGGGGAAACGGAGGCUAUGGGACAGACAAACAUGCAUUACACUUUUGGUUAAACUUGGGUUUCUCAUUGUUACUUGUCAAAGGGGAGGGGGAGGUGUUCAUGGGCGACGGGGUUUUCAUUUUGACAUCGGCCGAAUCAGAGACUCCCACCCACACCCCCCACAUACCACAGGAUACGUAGAACGAUAUCAUUGUAUCAAAUCAAUUUAUCAUCUCUGGGAAAAAGUGAGCGGGAAAAGCGUGUCUAUUUCC